GGGCGUAGGGCGAAGGCAACAGGUGAAGUGUCAACGUGUGGCUGCAAUCCGCCUCCGCACUCACUCCACGCACACGCCGCCAUACGCGACGCUGCCGAGCGCAUCGCCGCCGGUCCCUCCCUCCCUGCCUGCGCCUGUCCUCAGCCCGCCGCUUCUCAGUCCACUUCUGCCGGCAACCCCUCUUCUCUCGGUCUAGAGAUCCGUCCGGGCGCGGUACUCUUACCUUCGUUUUGGCACAACGAACAAUCACUCUAGAAGACUCGGUACUCCUUGGUGUGUCAUACUCUUUGGUAGCAAUCUUACCAUUCUUGAGAAGAGGUACAUCUGUCUGUCAGCAAUGUCCAUAGAAGAGAGGAAGAUAAGUAUGAUAAGCAAGAGCACUAUGCUAAAUCCAAAUGCAGAGGAAUUUGUUCCUUCAUCCCUUAGAUCUGUCAAUGAUUCCUCCAAGAGAUCAGAUGCAACUAUGGUUGUCUCAGGGCCAUCUAAAGAAUCCAGCACAGACAAGCCAGAGUCCAUUUUACGAAGUAACUCUGAUGAAGAAGCACAUCAGUACUGGCAGCAACAGCUCCCUGAUGACAUUACCCCUGAUUUCAAAGUCCUGGGACAAGAUGAAAGUACUGGACCUGACAGUCUAUCACUCACAGGCCUGUCCAUAAAUGAUGGCAUUGGCACAUCAAUAUUUUCUCCAAACCAGGCACUGAGCAUGCAGCACCAUGCUUCGCCUUUUAUCAGGGACAAACUGAGUACGCGCCCAAAGAUUAACUUGUCUGGCCCAACUUAUAUGGAUGAACGGUCCCAAGCCACAAUUUUGAGUCCAACUGCAGGUUCCAUGAGUCCAAAUGCUGCUCCAUGGGUGAAGACUAUGAGGAAUGGGGUACAUUAUAACACAAGCAGAAGGGAUACCAGUCACUACAAUGGAGAUUCUAGCAUUGGAGCUUCAUUGCACAACCUUAGUGAUGUGUAUGGAAGCAGGCGCAGCUUAAGCUCGACUAUGGAUAUCAUGAGUCAGCUGGAGAGUAAGGUUGAUGGACGACUUGGUCAGAACCUCAGGUCACUGUCAUUUGGAAAUUCAAGUCCUCCAUCACCAGCAUCAUAUGCCCAAAAUGGUCUUGGAAACUAUAGUAAUGAAUCUUUUGGUCUGCCAAACAGUCCAUAUAGAUCUCAUUCAGCUAUACUCGCAGAUGAUAUUGUUUCACCUUCAGCUGGACGUGAACACAUAUCCCUCGAUGUUCCUAGAGGAAGGUACAAGAUGACUAGUUUGCCUGUUCCUGGUCUUGGUUCAAGCAGAGGUUCUCAGCUGUUGGGUGGCUCAUAUAAUGGAAAUCAUGAUAUGAUCUCAACCAAUACCCUACAAAACAUGGCUGGAAUUCAGACAGGACCAGCUUGGCUUGAAAGUGAUGCUGCGGCAAACGCUUAUUUGGAAUCAAAGGAUGAAGUUCAUGAUUUUGCAAGCCUGCGACAUGCAGUUCUUGAACAGGUCUUUCAGAUCCAGGGGGAGAGAGAGAGAGAGAAAGACGGAAUCUGGGUCUCACCUGCACCGGCAGCAUGGAGGGGGUCCUCGGUAUGGACCAGAUGCGGUAUGCGGACGGCGCCACCUUGGAGGGGAGCUGCAGCUGCCGGCAUCAGCUGUGGGCAGCAUCGGCCUGGACUAGAUCUGCGAUCUGGGUCUCACCUGCACCGGCGGCAUGGAGGGGGUCCUCGGUAUGGAACAGAUGCGGUAUGCGGAUGGCGCCAGCUUGGUGGGGAGCUGUCGGCAUCGGCUGCGGACAGCGUCGGCCUGGACUAGAUUUGCGACAUCCUGAGGGGGAGCUCUGUCACUUGGGGAGGGAGGGGCGUGGGUGGUGAGAACUGGCUUUGGACGAGCGGUGCGGCCAGCGCAUACCGGCUGGGGACGGGCAGUAUGGUUGGUCAGUGCAGACUGGCUGGGGACAGGGCAACAGGCGGUGUGAGGUUAUGCAGGCGGUGUGAGAUUAUGACAGCAGUGCAGGUUGCUGUCUUGUGGACAGGUAGUCCCAUGGGGGCAUUCUGGUCAAAUCAUACAAACACUCAAAUUUUUAAGGUCUCAAAGGGGACACAUUUUGACGUAAACUGACAAAAAGCAACAGAAGUGGCAAAUAAGGAAUAAAAGUUAAACUGGAUGACAGAUAAGGAACCAAAAAAUAUUCAGUGGCAAAUAGAGCACCAAGUCAUCUUCUGAUGGCGGAUAGUAGUUUUCUCUUUUGUUACGAUGAUGGAAGAAUAAUUCUCAGAUACCACCUAGGACCUAGCUUAGUAUAUUAUCAAUUCAGUGGUUUUGAUGAUAUUUUUUCACAAUCUAUAGCAAGCUUCUAAAAGUAUCUCCUCAGUUAUGAGCAUUCAUUAUCCAAUCAUUUAGAACUGUUUUCUAUAUGCCGAAAA